AUGGCCGGCGAAUUUACUAAACGUGGGGGUGGUGUCCACAAAAACAAUUCGCCCCGAGGCGGUUCUGUAGCUCGUGGAGGAAAUCGCGGUAGACUUUCGACACGAGGAAACAGGCAUGGUGGAAUGUCACCAAAAGGAAGUGGCAGUCGUAAUGAUUUGUCGAACCGCAUUCGCGGUUCUGGAAAAGGUGGUGUUCGUGGUGGGAAAGGAAACUGGGGUGAUCGUGGUGGACGAGGUAGUUGGGGUGAUUCCGGGAGAGGUGGACGUGGUAGAAAUGGUCAAGGACGGAGAGGAUUUUCUGCGAAAAGCAGAGGUGGUAUAGAUUUCAAAAAGCGAAUGAGCUUUGAUAUCGACAGCAGAUUUGAACGAAAAUCGGUGGACGGAAAGAAGAACGAAAACAAGUACCAAAAAUCAAUAUCGGAACCGUCAACUCCAGCAGAUGUGAAAUUUAAGAAGUAUGAAAUGGAUAGUGAACAUGACGAAAAUGAGGAAAUGAGCAUCUCAGAUAUGGAAGAUGAAGAAACAACUACAGGAACACCCAAAAAAAUUGCUGCAGAUGUAACAUCGAAACAGAGGAAAACAAUCGCGUCAAAAAAUGGCUCAAAUUUCGCGCAAAUAAUAAGUGCUAAAGCUCCACCAAAAAAGAAGGAUGCGCUUAAACGAGAAAAAGAUAAGGAAGAUAAAGUUCUAGAACUCGUAACAGAUCAGAAGAUUAAGAAGGCCAGAAUGGUCAAUGUUGAAAGUGAGGAGGACGAUGAAGAAGAAAUUGACGAUGAUGAAGAUGAGGAUGAAGAUGAGAGCAGUGAGGAAGGUGCUGAAGGAAAAUCUGCUAAGAAUGUAAAUGGUAUUGCUGAAAUGAGUGAAUCAAACGAAGAUGAAGACGAAGAAAGUUUGGAAUACGAAGAUGAAGAGGAAGCACCUUCUGAAGUAAAACCAGCACAUGCAUCUACUCCUGGCAAUACGGUGCAUUUGAAGAGUGCACUUAAAACUCCUGGUACUGGAAAAUCAAGUAAGAAGGUUUCACUUUCAGCCACAACUACGACUACUCCAGAAAUGUUGUUAAAGAAUAAAACCCCAGUUACACCUCAUCCUCAAAUAAUGUCGAACAAAAAUAAGAUGAGGCGACUGAGAUUCGAAGAAUCUGAUGAAAGCGAUGAGGAUGAAGAAAAUAAUGAUGAGGAGGAUGACGAGAGAUUGAAGGUGAACGAUGGGAAAAUGAAAAUGGCAGGGAACGAUUCAGAGGAUGAGGAUGAAGACGACGACGAAGAAAUAACGGAUGACGAUGAAAAGGAAAGCGAUGAAGACAAAAGACCAGAUAAUACGAAGAGGAUGAUAAUAGAUAGCAAAGAUCUUGCAAAAGCAAAACGGGAAGGGAUUGCCGAAACAAUUCGAAGCAAAAAAGAUAGGGUCAAUUUGAAAGAGCUUCAUAAUAAAAGCGACAAAGGGACUGAGGAGAAGUUAGCUUCGCAGAAACAAACAAAUGCAAUCUCCAAUAAGGAAGAGACAAAAGGAGUAAAAAGAAAGUGGGAAGGUGGACCAGUGUUAAAGCUGGAAGAUGCAAAAGACGUGGUCAGGGAAGAACAAAAGCGGCGAGAAGAGCGCGACAAGAAAUCAUUAUUUGUACGAGGAUUACCAAAAGAUGUAAAAUUGGGGCAGUUGAAGGCUCUUCAUAAUGACAUACUGUAUGUACGUCAUAUGCCGCAUCGCAACUUUGCAUGGUUAAUAUUCGCAAGCGAAAAGCUUUGUGAGAAGGCUUACGAAGACAUAUCAAAACAAACAGUCGAAGGUCGAACACUAGCUGUCGAUUUUUGUGGAGCAAAGGCAAAAACGCGCCCUCAAAAGGACAGGAGUCAAUUACCCAUUAACCCUCUGGAGCUAUUUGUUGGCGGCUUACCACCGUCAACAUCGAAAGAUCAGAUGAAAGUCAUCUUUCGACAAGCAACCAAUAUCAGUUUCCCGAAGCAAGCCAGAAAUAAGAAUAAACUGUACUGCUUCGUGCAGUUUGCUAAUGAAAAGGAAGCCAGAGCAGCGUUCGAAAAAGGAAAGACACUAAAGAUUAAUAGUAUGCCUGUUGAUGUCCUUUAUGCUCGGAUACGCAAAGGAAUAUCAGAUGAGGCAAAGCUACCGAAAGCGAACCAGGAUCCCAGUUUGUCGAAUGGCAUUGCAGCAAAAUCGGAAACAAAAAGUUUGCCAAAAGCAAAUGAAGUAAAUGGCGACACGGCUAGCGAAGGAAUUGAAUCCUCGGAAGAAGGCAUUCAGGAAGUGGACGAUUCAAUUUCGAAGCCCAAGAAAGCAAAAUUGGCUAAAGCAGAGAACCAUAAAAUGCUGCAUAAACUUGAAUCAUUUAAGCAAAAAAAAACUGAAGCGAAGUGCACAACAUUAUCUAAAAAACCGAAGUUGAAGGCUACCGGUGGAAAAAUAUUGUCUGGACAAAGCAAUUUAGAGAGCGACAAUUUGGAUGCUGGUAAAGAUGAGAAGGAUAAUAAUAUUAAUGAUCAUGACGAUGAUGAAGACGAUGAUGAUAAUGAUAAUGAUGAUGAUGAUGAUGAUGAUGAUGAUGAUGAGGAGGAGGAGGAGGAGGAUGAGGAUGAGGAUGAGGAAGGGGAUGAGGAUGAAGAUGAAGAGGAUGGGAAUAUGGAAGAUAGUGACGGAAGCAAUUAA